AUGGCUGCGUCUAACGGCCAUAGCAAUAACGGAAUCACUGAGGUCCUUAAGCCCGGUAUAUACGUGCCGACUAUCGCUUUCUUUGACGCAAACGACGUCAUCGACGUAGAUACAACUGCGAAACACUGCGUCCGUCUCGCCAAAUCUGGUGUGGCAGGGAUUGUCACACACGGUAGCAAUGGAGAAGCGGUUCACUUGAGCCACGAAGAGCGGAUGCUCAUCAAUCAGAGCACCCGCGAUGCACUUGACUUGGCUGGAUUCACGCAUAUGCCUUUAAUUGUGGGAUGCGGAGCACAAUCCACGCAUGAAACGAUCCAACUUUGCAAAGAAGCGGCCCAGACCGGAGGUAGUUAUGCUCUCGUGCUCCCGCCCGCAUACUACGGAUCACUUCUGUCAAAUCACGCUAUAAUACAACAUUUCAGGGAUGUCGCUGAUGCUUCGCCCAUUCCCAUUCUGAUUUACAACUUCCCCGGUGCCUGCAGCGGCCUUGACCUCAACUCCGAUGUGAUUUUGGCUCUUGCUGAGCAUCCACGGAUUGCCGGUGUGAAGCUGACGUGUGGUAAUACGGGCAAGCUUGCAAGGAUUGUGUCACAAGCUAGGCCCCUUUUCCGCACUAUGGGAGGUUCCGUGGACUUCACGCUCCAGGCUCUUGUGGUGGGCGGACAUGGUAUAAUCGGUGGACUCGCCAAUCUAUGCCCUCGUGCUUGCGCGAUUGUUGCUCGAGCCGACUGGAUUGCUAUCAAGGGAGGUUUUAUUGCCGUCAAGAGUGCGAUGAAUGCGUUUUACGGGUAUGGGGGUUUACCGCGGAAACCGUGUCAGGGUUUAGAAGGUGAGAAGCUAGCUCAGAUUGAAUCUGGCUUUUCGGAGGUGAUUCACCUGGAAAGGAAGCUGCAAAUGAUUACUGGUUAG